CCCAGCUGGUCUGGGGCGGGGAGGCAGUUGGGGGAGGCGUACUGUGAGGUCUCCGGCUCGCCUGCUGCGAACCGUGAGCUAGCUGUCUGCGCGCGGGCGGCCUGGCCCGGGCUCCGACUGUAACUGUGUCAGCGUGUUAUGAUGCCGUCUCGUACCAACCUGGCUACUGGAAUCCCCAGUAGUAAAGUGAAAUACUCAAGGCUCUCCAGUACAGACGAUGGCUACAUUGACCUUCAGUUUAAGAAAAGCCCUCCUAAGAUUCCAUAUAAGGCCAUUGCGCUUGCUACGGUGCUGUUUUUGAUUGGCGCCUUCCUCAUUAUCAUAGGCUCCCUCCUGCUGGCAGGCUAUAUCAGCAAAGGGGGGGCAGACCGGGCCGUUCCCAUCCUGAUCAUUGGCAUCCUGGUGUUCCUGCCAGGAUUUUACCACCUGCGCAUCGCCUACUAUGCAUCCAAAGGCUACCGGGGAUACUCCUACGAUGACAUUCCAGACUUUGAUGACUAGCACACACCUCAGCCCUGAAGAAAAGAGUCACAGAUGGGACUGAGCCCACCUUUAAGACAUUGAGCAGAUACUAUGGCUAAGGGCUAAGGAGUUCUGCGAUUUGCAGAUGUUUAACAAAACAGUGGCCAGAUUUUAUGGGUCCAUCCGAAAGAUGUUAACUAAGCUUACAACUAUCCAUGUCAUCAGGACAGUUUCUAUUUUUCAUCUCCUGGCCCUGGCAAAAGCUCCUGACAAGUUUUUCCACGUGAAUAUGUGUCAUGAAAAGUAGCAAUGUUAAUUGUAUGGGAAAGUGGGAGGUUAUUCUGUAGUGGAAUGUGUUGCUGCCACCACCCUUUUUAGAGUUGAGCAUUCUUUUAAAUAGUCCUCAUUGUCAGUAUGUUCUUGUGGCAAAUGGAAGAAUGCAGUAUGUCAGAUUUCUUAUUACUAAGUAAUUUAUUUUGAAAAUAUGUAAGUGUCUUAUCCCCAUACUCUAACUUUGUGUUCUAGUGGAAAACCGUGGCAAAAUCAAAUAUCAGUGGGGUGCAUCUAUAAUAUUUUUUACUUGCUUUCUUAUUAACAGCAACUAGGAAUUUUUUAAAACUCAGAGCAAAUUUUCAAACUGUAAACACAUUCUCUGUUCACCGGUCCUUGGCCAGCUCUGAUCUGGUUCACUGACAGGUUGGCCAGCAUAUAAUUUGGAUCAUUCUGUCCUUUGUAAAUCUAGAUGUUCUGUAUAUCAUACCUUUAAGGACAAGACUUUUGGCUGUUUCCUAAGGAAAAAAUGUAGAUAAGUGGUUAUUAUUUAUAGUUUUUAACACUGUUGUUAGCACCUCGUAUUAUGAUGUCAUUCUGCUGAAGAUUGUAAGAACUGGCCUGGAUCUCUAGAGGACAAGACUGCCUUAGUUUGAUUCUGUUUCCUAUCUUGCAAAAAAUGGCUUGUAUUCAAAAGAAAUUAAAAUGUCAAAAUCUAAAUCCUAGGCUUAAAAGAUAACUUUAAACCUAUUUUAGAAAACGUUUUAGUAAUUAUAUGAUAUCUUUGAUCCCAAUACCUAGGACUACCUUCAUUUUUAGAUAACUGGCAUUGUGCAUUAGACUGUUUUCCAGUCAUUCUUUUACUCUGAAGUUACGGACUUGGAUGAUUAGAAGCCUGCAAGUGCCAUUAGCUGAGAUUUGGAGGGCUGUGGGUAGAGGAAGGUUAUUAGGGAAGAUGACUUCAACUUUGGAUGUAUUAAAUUUAGAUGUCUACUUGACAUCCAAGUGGAGAUGUUGAGUAGGCAAUUGCAAUGUGCAGUUUGGAGUUCAGGAAGGGAGUCUAUGCUAUAGUUAGAAAUUUGGGAGUCAGUGUUGGGGCGAUAUCUAAGGGCCAUGGGGCUGGAUGAGAUCACCCACGGAGUGAGUACAAAUGGGAAAAAAAGCUAGGCUAGGACUCAGGAAGUGAGAGACAAAGAGAGGGCAAUCAGAAGUAGCCUUCAAGGUUAGGUGCAUUUGGUAAUGGGAGGGUAGGCUGGGGAGUCCGGUAGUCUAAUUAAAGUUCUUGGGCCUUGACAGUGAAGAUGUGAGGAAAUAUAUAAAGCUUGAUCCUGGGCAGUGUUUGCAAAGCAAAGCUAAGACCAGAAGGUUUUGGCCAAACUAAAUUAUUUUGUCCUUUUUAUAAGGGUAAUGAUGCUGCUAGUAAGGGGGAAAAAAAAUCAAAAUGGAACGGUGGGGAGACUAAACAGUCCAUUCCCAUGGUUGUCUAAUUAAGUUUCUUGUAUACCCUUCUAGAAAUUUUCUAAGCACAUAUCUAUCCUUUUUUCAAAAAACAAAAACGAAAACUCGGACUCCCAUUGUAUAGCUCCAUAAUUUGUUUCCUACUUACUCUAUUUUGUGUAUCUUGCCGUAUCCACAGAGAUCAGCCACGUCCUUUUUUUUUUUUGGCUGCAUCACGUGGCUUGUGGGAUCUUAGUUCCCCGACCAGGGAUUGAACCCGGGCCCCCUGCCUUGGGAAUGUGGAGUCUUACCCACUGGACCACCAGGUAUGUCCCUCUAUUUCAUUUUAAUACUUGGAAAAACCCUGAGUUGGAUAAGAUUCUUAGGUAAUAAGUUGAUAUUUGGGACUCACAUUUAAGCAAAGCCUGAAUUUCCCUUACCAAGUAUGAAAGGCAAAUGCCUUUAGGGGCUGGACAAGUAAAGGAAUGGAGGGCAGAGGGAUGGAUAGGAUUAACGGGAACCAAGGUCAAUUGUCAAAUGUAUAUUUUAUCUAAAAGCAGCCUCCCCGCUCCUUCUGAAGUGUUGGCCAAACCAUGUGCCCUAGCUUUAUAAAGAUUUUCUAUUUA